AUGGAGCUUGGACGUCACAAUAUGGUAAAAAGACAUCUGGAUAUGGUGAAUGGACAUCAACAUAGGGUGAACGGACAUCACAAUACAGUGAACAAACAGCACCAUAUGGUGAAUGGACAUCACAAUAUGGAAAAUGUGCAUCACAAUAUGGGGAAUGUGUAUCUCGAUAUGGUGAAUGAACAUCGCGAUAUGCUGAACUGUCAUCACAAUAUAGUGAAUGGACAUCACAAUAUGCUGAAGAGACAUCAUGAUAUUGUGAAUGGACAUCACAAUAUGCUGAAGAGACAUCCUGAUAUUGUGAAUGGACAUCACUAUAUGCUGAAGAGACAUCCUGAUAUUGUGAAUGGACAUCACUAUAUGCUGAUGAGACAUCCUGAUAUUGUGAAUGGACAUCACUAUAUGCUGAAGAGACAUCAUGAUAUUGUGAAUGGACAUCACUAUAUGUUCACAUACCAUGCCAACAGACAUCAUUCUAUUACACACUGCUGA